CGCCGGUGCCGCUGGCCACACCAUGGGUCCGGGCUGGGCGGCCCCCGACGGCCCCGGCCCCCGGCCCCUGCUCCUGCUCCCGCUCCUGCUGUGGGCCCUGCAGCCGGACGGCGCCCGCGCCCAGACGGACCCCACCGCCGCCCCCUUCCACCCCACCGACAGGGACGAACGGCCAAUGCCGGUUAACUACUCGUCCCGGGCCUACUCCUGCUGGUACCAGUACGAAGAACGCAUGGUCAACAUCCACAGGCAGGACCGGUGCCUCUGGGACGUCAUCAGCAGGCCUUACAGCGAGCUGCAGAGCUGCCUGGAGCUGGGGGCCGAGGAGAGGCAGCUGGGCUACCCCAACCCCUUGGCCGAGGACAUCAUCCUCCACAGUCACUUCACCUACUUCGCCAACUGCUCGCUGGUGCGCCCCGCCUUCGGGGACCCCCCCGAGGACCUGCUUCUGGCCAUGAUCAUCGCCCCCAUCUGCCUCAUCCCCUUCCUCGUUACCCUGGUCGUGUGGCGCAGCAAGGACGGCGAGACCCAAGCCUAGCGUGGACACCCUCUUCCCCCUUCUAGACUGUGAGCCCGUCGUGGGGUAGGGACCGUCUCUGGCUGUGGCCGAUUUGUACUUCCCAAGCACUUAGUCCAAUGCUCUGCAUGCAAUAAGUGCUCAAUAAAUACUAUUGAGUGAA